AUGCCACCUUAUUCAAGCAGCCAGAAGCAGCAAAUUGCUGAGUUCGUCACUUUGACGCAGACUAAAGAUACCGUGGCCGCCAAGUUCCUGAAAUCAUGUGGGUGGAACUUACCACAAGCCGUUGAUGCUUUCUUCUCUGCCGCAGUUGGUUCCAACUCAGUCAUGAGCUCGGAAAUGACCAGAAUCUUUGAAAGCUACCGAGAUGACCCAAUCGACAGCCCCGAUACCAUUGGUAUCACACGUGCAAUGGAUUUCCUAGGUGAUAUUGGCGUGCAGCUUGAUGAAGUUACCUGUCUCGCCAUCGCGGAGCUUCUUAAGUCUCCCUCAAUGGGCGAGUUCACCCGUGAAGGAUUCUUGCGCGGAUGGAUCGGAGUUCAUGCCGACACUCUUGCCAAAAUGACUGCACACGCCAAGCUCAUCCGAGAGACUAUCCCCCAAGACCCAGACAUGUUCCGUCGUGUCUACAGGUAUACAUUCCUUCUCUCUCGGAUGCAGGGACAGCGUAACUUGCAGUUUGAAAUCGCUGCCGAUCAAUGGAAUCUCUUCUUCACCACUGACCACGGCGGCGUCGCGUGGAACACGGAAACCACGCCCUGGCUCGAUUGGUGGAUUGAGUUCCUCGAAAGCCGCGGGAAGAAGCCCGUGAACAAGGACCUGUGGGAGCAGGUUGAAGUGUUCAUGCGCAAGAGCCUGGAGGAUGAGGAGAUGGGAUGGUGGAGUGUUGAUGGGGCGUGGCCUGGCGCUCUUGAUGACUUUGUUGCCUAUGUGCAGGCCAAGAGAGGCAAGAUGGAGGUUGAGUAG